UGGAUAACACGAAAUUUUUAUUUUUGGAAAUGCAUUGUGGUCGGUGACCAAUAUAAUGUAACCAAAAUAAAUUCACCAGACAAGUCGAACAAGUCGUGGGUCGUUCUUUUUGUGAUCGAGGACUUCUGAAGUUACCUGCAGAUAUCAAGUACUGGUGACACUCCGGCUCAACAUGAGGAUGAUCACUUUUUUAGUGGUGGGACUGACAGUCCAUGUAGUAUUCUUCUUGUCAAUCUUUGAUAUCUACUUCACCUCUCCUCUGGUCCAUGGCAUGGCGCCCAUGGCCACACAUUUGACUCCACCUGCCUCCAGACUGGUGCUGAUUGUGGCCGAUGGCCUGAGAGCAGACAGCCUCUUCACCCUGCUUCCUAAUGGCUCAACUGUGGCUCCUUAUUUGAGGAGUGUGAUUGAGGAGCGAGGUACCUGGGGUGUGUCCCACACACGUGUUCCCACCGAGUCUCGCCCUGGUCAUGUUGCUCUUAUUGCUGGCUUCUAUGAAGAUGUUAGUGCUGUUGCUAAAGGUUGGAAGGAGAAUCCUGUGGAGUUUGACUCUGUUUUUAAUGAGAGCAGACGUACUUGGUGUUGGGGGAGCCCUGAUAUUCUGCCCAUGUUUGCUAAAGGUGCGAGUGGAGACCAUGUGUACACUUACACUUAUCCAGCAGCAGAGGAGGAUUUUGCCUCCACGGAUGCAUCCAGCCUAGACAGCUGGGUGUUCACUCAAGUCAAAUCACUCUUUCAAUCAGCGAAGUCAAACUCCACUUUGAUGGCCAGCCUGCUUAAGGAUAAGAAUGUCUUCUUUCUGCAUCUAUUGGGAAUUGACACAAAUGGACAUGCUCACAGACCAAUGUCGCAGGAGUAUCUAAAGAAUAUUGGCCUUGUCGACUCCGGUGUAUCUGAAGUAGUGUCUAUAAUUGAAGACUUCUUCAGCAAUGAUGGCAGAACAGCUUUUGUGUUCACUUCUGAUCAUGGCAUGACCAAUUGGGGUUCCCAUGGUGCUGGUCACCCCUCAGAGACUCUUACCCCUUUUGUGGCUUGGGGGGCUGGAGUACAGAGACCCCACAAAGUGACUGAAAAUCAUCUUUACAAAGAUGGGUACUUGCAAGACUGGAAACUGGGGCACCUCAGAAGAGUUGAUCUCAAUCAGGCUGAUAUUGCUCCUCUCAUGGCAUCUCUUAUUGGUGUACCCAUUCCAGUCAACUCUGUUGGUGUUUUACCUCUCCUUUACCUGAACAACAGUGAUCAGUUCAAAGCAGAGUGCAUGUACACUAAUGCUAUUCAAAUAUUGGAGCAGUUCAAGAUGAAAAUGAAGCAGAAAAAAGAGACAACGUUGUCUUGUCUCUUUACCCCAUAUCAACAGUUGACUGAGCCUAAGCAAGCAGAAUUUAUUCAGAAAGCAAGAAUACUAAUUCAGCUGGAAAAGUAUGGAGAUGCUAUCUUGCUCUGCCAGACUCUAAUAGCUGAUGCCCUUGAAGGCCUGGCUUACUACCACACCUACGACAGGUUUUUUUUGGGCUGCAGUGUGGUGCUGGGAUUUGUAGGAUGGACCUCGUAUGUUGUCCUCGUUAUUCUGAAGACUCAUGCUAGCCUUAACAUGCAUCCCGACAUCCUCAAACAGAAAGCUGAUCACUCCCUAGUGAGGCUGUGUGUGUGUGUCACAGUGGUGAUCAGCAUAUUCCUGCUCAUCCAAAGGAGUCCAUUCACUUACUAUGUUUACUGCCUGCUGCCUGUGCCUGUGUGGUAUUGUGUUCUUAAAGAGUCCAGUACACUUACAGACUUGAUUCACUCAGCUCCUUCCCUGCCACUGUGGAAAUGCUUUGGGUACUUUGUGUUGGUAGCUUUCGGCAUUGAACUACUGGUGGUGAGUUUUUUCCAUCGGGCCAUGCUGACUGUGGGUCUGGCUAUAUUCUCGCUCUGGCCAAUGCUGUCAGGUCUUUUUGGCAAGGCUAAGCGUUGUUCAGUGAACUGGUUCGUUGGCUGCCUCUGUUUGGCUGCUUUCCCUCUCAUGCCUGUUGUGGGAAGAGAGCCCAACAUAAAUCUGGUGAUCUGUGCAGGUCUUCUCACCCUCUUUAUAUCUGCCUGUUUUCUCUGGUCAUCAUGGAACAGGGCAUCACUACACUUUAGUGAUAAACAGCAGUUUGUCAUACAGAUGCUGCAUGUAGCAGUGUGUGCGUACGUGCCUUUCCUCACACAUUCCAGCCUACAGCAGAAACAGGGUCUGCCUCUUCCCAAUCAGAUGAUCAGUUGGCUCACAUUGUCCUCUUCCAUAUUUGUUCCAUUGAUGAGCUCAACACGCCUGUUUCACCGGCUUCUAAGCAUCUUUCUCUCGCUCACAGCCACGUACCUUCUGCUUAGCACUGGGACCGAGGCCUUGUUCCCACCUGUAUUAUCUUGGUUGAUGUUUGUGUGGAUCAACAUUGAACAGGAAGCUAUGAUCGCUGAGGGCGUUUCUGGAAGGCAAGAGCUUUCCACUAUUGAUUUCUCUGCCAACAUUGAUAUCUCCAAAAUUCGUCAGCUCAAGUUGGAUGACAUCCGGCGAUCAUAUUUCUUUGUUUUUCUCAUAAUAACAGCUUUUUUCGGCACAGGGAACAUAGCCUCUAUUAACAGUUUUGACCCAGCAUCUGUUUAUUGUUUCCUCACAGUCUUCAAUCCCUUCAUCAUGGGAGCAUUAAUGAUGUGGAAGGUCAUCAUUCCGUUCAUAAUUGUAAUGUGCACAUUUGAGACCAUCCAAGUUACAACACAGCUCUCAACAAGAAGCUUAUUUCUGAUCGUCUUGGUCAUCUCUGACGUGAUGGCUAUGCACUUUUUCUUCUUGGUGCAGGAUUACGGCACCUGGUUGGACAUUGGCACAAGCAUUAGCCACUAUGUGAUCGUGAUGUCAAUGACCAUCUUCCUGAUGCUGCUCAGUGUCGUCACCCACGUCCUCACCUCACAAAGACUCAUUCUGUGGCGUGGACACAAGCUGCACUUCCCCUGAAUAAGCAAGAGAACAACAUGAACUAUUUGAGGUAAAUACAGUAUUUAUAGGUUUGUAUUUUUGUUAUAUUUUAAUGUUAUUUGAGUUGUAUAAAAACAUUUAAAUAGCUACUAUAUUUAAUGACAAUGUACUAUGCUACACAAAUAACUGAUCAAAUUGUACUAAAGAAGCACAACAGACAAAGAUGAAAUUGUCAUGGAAUGACAUUGGCAUUGUUAUCUACAAAAGCUAUAAGAAAAUGUCAAUGAUACAUGUAUGCUAAUUAUGAUGGACACAUAAUUAGAAUGUUGAUAGUUAUUAUCAAAUGUUUGUUUUGUUGGCCUAAGCUCUGUCUUGUAUUAUAGUAGAAUAAAAAUGACUGGAUUUGUUCCUUGAAUGAAGACGCAUGAUCAAAGCAGGCCUCUUAUGGCACAAGUAUGACAUGUUUUACACUAAAGUGUUUAUUUUUGUUUGUUUGUCCUUUUGCAUUGACAGUCGUCCAUGUGAUAAAUUUUACUUUCAUAGCACUUUGCAUUUAUUUUUUUUAAAGAAAAGAACAAAUGUAUCAUUGUUUUGAAGAGUUUUGAUGCUUUUGUUUUAUGUUUUUAUGGUUUGGAUGCUUUGUGUUCAAAUAAAACCGAUGGAAUUAAAGCUAAAGAUUUUUG